AUGGAAUAUAACAUAUAUUCUAGUAACAGUAGCACAAAUAAAAUAAUUAUUGCCGCUUUAGAAGAUUUAAACAAUACUUUUUUUGUAGAACAUUUAGAUUCUGAAAGUGAUAAAGAAUCUAAUUCUUUGUCAGAUGUUGAACUGAUAUCUGACAUUGAUGAUGAUAUUUUUUUAAGUAAAUUAAAUGAAUUCAACUUUGUAGAUGUAGAAGAUAGUUAUAUUGAAGAUAAAAUUUACGAUGAAUUAAAAUUAAAUAUUCAAAUUUUUUUUGAAAAAGGCAAAUGUUCAUAUCAUUCUGAACUACCAUGCUUCAUAAAAAUUGGUUAUGAAAAGUUUCUUGCACGUCAGGCUGAAUUUGAAAGUCUGGAUAAAAACAUGCGUGAUAUGGUUAUAAAAGGGCAAUUUAUUGCCUUUCAAAAAAUUUGUCAUAAUACAUAUUUAGCUCUUGUUGGAAUAAGUCAUAAAUAUUUAGAAAAUCUUAAAUGGCAUCUACAAGAACAUGGUCUUGAGGAACGUAUACACAGCAAUACUGGUAGGGCUUCAAAUAAUAUGAAACGCAUUGAAGUAAAUUAUAAUGUAACAUAUGAUUUAUUCAAAUUUUUAAAAAAUUAUUCAAAUAUACAUGCUUACAAGAAUAACUACGAGAAAGAUGUUCGUGUUAUGUCUGAAACAACUUUUAUUAAAAUUUGGAAAAUUUUAAUACUGUCACUUCAAUUUAUGUCUCCAAAAUCCGAUCUAUACGAAACUUGUAAAACACUAAAAAUGGAUAUUCAACAAGCUAUGCAAUACGAAAAAAAAUUAGAACUUACAAAUAAUUAUAUAGCUCAUUUGAAUCGUGCACAAAAAGAACGUGAUCAUUAUAAUAAUAAUAUUAAGAAUGUGGUUAAAGAUGAAAAAUGUAAUUCAAACAAAGUUAGUUCUCAACAAAUAGGCCAUUUAUACUUUAAAAAUUGGCAAAAGAUGCAUUUAUUUGGAGUCUGCAAUACUGGUAACUUUCCACAUACACAACAAACUAAUUAUGUAAUUGAUGAAGCUGAAAUGCCUAAUGACAUAAAUACUGUUGACGAUGUAGUUUCAAUUAUCAAUCAUUCUACUUUAAUCGAUUUUAAUAUUGCUCAGCAUUAUUUAAACGGGGAAGGAUUUCAAUAUUAUAAUUUUAAAAAUUAUUUUGAAGCAUUUAAAAAACUGCCCAAUAUUCAAAAAUAUCAUCACUUUUAUUUUAAUUCACAAAAUCCUGGAGUUGUCUUUUACAAGAAUGAUCUUGAUAAUGAUUACAAAAAUUUUACAAUUCGUUCUUUUUCUUUUAACACAAACACCUUACUCUCUACAAUUGAAGUCAGCCCACUUUCUCUGAAAAGGCAAGAAGAACUAUACAAAGAAAUUGCACCUUAUAUUGACUUGCCCUUUCACGAUAUUACUUGCUCUAAACCAGAAA